CCGACCAACGAGGCAAGGAAAUAAAAUUUCUCGGAAUUUUGGAUGAAUGACAUUAUUUCUUAGAGCUUCUUUAGCUUCUCAGGGUGUAUAUCUAGGGUUAAGGUAUUUUUCAGAGGRUCUUUCGACAUCAUCAAGUCGUCAAAUUCCCAAAUACUUGCACAGAACUCGUAACCUUGGAUUUCCACGUGGAACGAUCAAAUAUUCCAGAAUGGCCGAUCAUGAUCAGCUGGUUGAAGAGUACACAAAACGAGCUCAAACCGCCGAGGACCAACUUGGUGUUUUGAAAAAGAGACUCGAAUCGUUGAAGUCCAAAGUUGCUGCGAAUGAACUUAAACCAGUUCAGAAGGAAAAGGAUAAUGAAUUGGAAGAUUUAGAAACAGAAAAUGCAAAAUUGAAGUACCGUGUUAAUCAGCUUAAAAGGAGCAUUGAAGAGGAAAAAGUCAAGUCCAAAAAGACAAUGACUGACUGUCGUUUUGUUUUAAGUGAAUUAUUCAGAAAUGCAAUUUUAACAGCAUUUCCUAAUUUGGAAAAUGCUCCAAUAGCAGUGCAGGCUGUACAGCAAGAGAGGUUUGGUGAUUAUCAAUGUAACAGUGCAAUGGCUAUCAAUCAGGUAUGUACAGCUAUUUCAAUUUCUAUUUCAAAGGUUGUUAAUAUUGGUUGUAACAGUUUAAACCAUGUUGGAGACUGGGGCACACAGUUUGGUAUGCUUAUUGCUCACCUACAAGAUCGAUUUCCAAACUAUGUUGAAGUUUCACCACCAAUAAGUGAUCUGCAAGCAUUUUACAAGGAAUCAAAGAAAAGAUUUGAUGAAGAUGGUGAAUUUAAGAAAAGAGCUUAUGAGAGGGUUGUUCAGUUACAAAAUGGAGACACUAAUGUCCGAAAGGCUUGGAACUUGAUCUGUGAUGUGUCAAGGAAAGAAUUUGCCAAGAUCUAUGAGCGUCUUGAUGUGACCUUGAUUGAAAGAGGAGAAUCAUUUUACCAGGAUUUAAUGAAUGAUGUUGUACAAUUGCUUGAGCAGACAGGAAAAUUAGUGARGGAAGAUGGUCGCAAGGUAUUMUUUGUUCCUGGACAGAAAGUUCCUCUUACAGUUGUCAAGUCUGACGGAGGGUACACAUAUGACACAUCUGACUUAGCUGCCUUAAGACAAAGAGUUCAUGACGAGAAUGGCGAAUGGCUAAUCUAUGUAACAGAUGCAGGACAGUCAUCGCACUUUGAUCUUGUGUUUGGUGCCUGUCGUGAAGCAGGAGUUUAUGAUCCAAGGAGAGUGAGAAUAGAUCAUGUUGGCUUUGGUGUUGUACUUGGUGAAGACAAGAAAAAGUUCAAGACUCGAUCUGGAGAAACUGUUCGUCUCAUUGAUCUCUUGGAUGAAGGAAUAAGAAGAUCUGAAGAAAAACUGACUGAAAAAGGGAGAGACAAGGUGCUCACCCCWGAAGAACUCAAAGCAACAAGUGAAGCAGUAGCUUAUGGCUGUGUGAAAUACGCUGAUCUUUCUCACAACAGAAUCAAUGAUUAUGUCUUUUCAUUUGAUAAGAUGCUUGAUGACAAAGGCAAUACGGCUGUAUACCUUCUUUACGCGCUAACUCGAAUAAGAUCAAUUCAGCGAAAUGCCAACGUAGACAAGGCCACACUCGAAGCAAGCUUCGCUAACACGCGAGUUAGUCUCGAGCACCCCAAAGAGUGGAAACUUGGCAAGUGCAUUAGUCGUUUUCCAGAAGUCUUGUCUCGCAUUCUCGACGACCUCCUAAUGCAUUCACUUUGUGAAUACCUCUACGAGCUAGCCACGACUACAACUGAAUUCUACGACAGUUGUUAUUGUAUUGAGAAGGAUAAAAGCGGAAAUAUCGUCAAAGUGAACAUGGAUAGGCUUUUGUUGCUUGAGGCAACCGCUAGAGUUAUGGAAACCAGCUUUAAAAUUCUGGGGAUUAAAACUGUAGCUAAAAUGUAAUUGUUAAUGAAGCAUAAAAUAAACAGAACUGCUGUAGUCGUACUUUGGUCAAAGAU